AUGAAAUUGACUCUCCCCAUUGCCCUUCUCUCGCUCUCGACCUCGGUCAUUGCGUCGCAGAAACCCCUGACCGACUCCUCCGCAACCAAAGUUGACAAGCACCACCCCCACGUUCACAUCUCCGGCAGCGAUUCCGUCCCAAACCCCGACAGCAAGUCCACCACUCACAAAAAGUGCGCCUCAUCAGAAGAAAUCGCCCAGGUAUUCGGCGAAGCGUGGGCGGAAACUGUCCGCGAAGGAAAACACAAGCAGCACCCCCCGGAUGCAAUCCCGACUAUUCACAUCAACCUCGAGGACUUUGAGGAGAAGCAAUGCGAUUAUUUCGAGCGGGUGUAUGAUGGAUGGCGGUUCACGUAUUCGUCCAAGAUGACGGACUGCGAUUAUACAAGCUUGAGUCAGACGGUGGGGAAGGCCGUGGUGGAGUUUAUCGAGAAGAAGCACUUUAAGGAGUGUCGCAGGGAUUGUGAUACGAUGUGUAUGCGGUUUGAUGAGGGAGGGCCAUGGGAUGGAUAUGUCAGGUUGGGGAAGAAGGAUAAGUUUGAUCCGAAUGCAUAUUGUGGACCGUCGUUGAGACUGGUUCCUAAUCGGUUGGAAUCUCCUUGGACAUGGGGGUUCUGA